AUGGUGGCUGGCGAGGGCCAAGUCUCUUACGUCUUCCUCUUGUUUCUCUCUCCCGGCCUCCUCCGCAGAAGCCGAGCGCCAAACUCAAACUUGAUCAGGACCCGGACGUUUCUCUGGCUAGUUCCGAGGGCCGGGCCUGUUGGGCCUUUCCGCACACCAGCCGGGGCACCGAGCCAACAUGAGCCAAGUUCUGUUCCACCAACUAGUCCCUUUGCAGGUGAAAUGCAAAGACUGCGAGGAGAGGACUUAGUUAUUCGUCUGACUGAUGACACGGAUCCAUUUUUUCUAUAUAACCUUGUUAUAUCUGAGGAAGAUUUUCAAAGUUUAAAAUUCCAGCAAGGUCUUCUGGUAGACUUCUUAGAUUUCCCACAAAAAUUUAUAGAUCUCCUUCAGCAAUGUACUCAAGAACAUGCCAAAGAAAUUCCAAGGUUUUUGCUACAGUUAGUUUCUCCAGCAGCUAUUUUGGAUAACUCACCUGCAUUUUUAAAUGUGUAGAGACAAAUCCUUUUAAGCAUCUUACACACCUCUCAUUAAAACUUUUACCUGGAAAUGAUGUGGCGAUAAAGAAAUUUCUAGCAGGCUGUUUGAAAUGUAGCAAGGAAGAAAAAUUAUCAUUGAUGCAAUCACUAGAUGAUGUUGCUAAGCAACUGGACUUUACACAAAAGGCUGAGAAAAAAGGGGAAGAGGAGGGGUUGGUGUUGUCGUCCCAGAGUCAUAGAGUUGGAAGAAAAUUUGCAUACAGGUGAAUCUAAGUAGUUCAAACCUGUGUUACUCCUUUUGUUCGAGGGUCAGCUGUGUGUUUGUAUGUAUGUGUUUGUGUGUGUGAUACUUUCUGAGGUCUUAGACAAUGAAAUGAAUGCAAACAUAAGCCCAAACGUAGGGGAACAGGUAGAUUUUGCGUUAUUACUCUCCCUUAUAACGUAUUAAUAAUAUGCUUCAACAAUCUUAAUUACUUCAAUGACCUUCUUAAUUUAACAGAUUCAACCUUCUCUGUAAUUUUGCCAGAAUAAUUGGAUGACUAGGCAUUGCAUGUACCUAAAUAAAUUAGGCAUUUUAAUAAAAACUCAUUAUUUUACAGUUCAUUAGACAGAAAGUUCUAUUUUUUCUUAUUUUCAAUCAUACUAUGGUGUUCAAUGUUAAAAACCAUACUUUGUGUUUUACAUUUGUGUUGUUCACAAUGUAAAAUUCAAGUCGAUUCUAAACUAGUGAUAAGACAUUUAUAUUGUAUUGAAAGGUAUCAUUUUAAAUUUUCUGAGUCUGAGAGAACUUGUGCAGUUGAUCAAAUCAAUUAGUAGGACUAAUGAGAAUUUAAUUUACUUUCCCUUUCCAUUUUAUUUGCAUGGAAAAUUGUAUGAGUUUCAUGGAUUCUAGUUUGGCUCUUACAAAUUGUUCAUGUUUCUAGAGCAAGAUGGCCUUAAUAUUUCCCUCAGCUUGACUAAACUUUAGGUAGGUUUAGUCCUGACUCUAGGCCUAUAACCUUCCUAUUCUUAGAGCACUUACUUUAGAAAACUUGUAAAUUCUUUCUCUGCCUCUUUGAAAUGUAAAUCUUUUUACAAGCUUCUCAGUAGUUUUACAGACCUCGAGAACCUGGGAACUAUCUAUUUAAAAUGCAAUCAACAAGAAGAAAAUAAACUCUAUAGUCCUAUUUUUGUAGACUAUUAGAAACCUAAUUUGGCAGACAUCUUGCUCCAAGUUGUAAAAUGAUCUCUUGUCAUAAAGAUAUGAAAAUUUUGCUUUUCAUUUGGGUAAGGCCAAUUAGCACACACAGAUGGCCUAAGACUUCCCCUUUCCAUUU